GAUCUUGGUUCCUUUCUUGAACUGGCCAGAUCCCAUUAUGGGUUCCAGAGUUAUGGCCCCAGAAAGGGCCAGAAUUAGCUAUUUUGACCUUGUCUUAAGGUAGCAGUUGGUAGUUUCCAGCCACAGAUUCGAAUUGGCCAGGGUCAAAAUCUGUCAUUAGAGAUAAAACCUUGAAGUGAAGGCUGUUUUGAUGUUUGAAAUGUUUGUUGAUGUGAGUUUGUGAUUAACAAGUUUAAGAAUGGUAUGUUGCAGAAAUUCUGGCAGAUGCGAAUGUAAGCUUGAUGGCAAUAUUUUCAUAUAACUGCUUGAAAUGCGUAUAUACCACUAUCAGCAUUCAGCUUCUCGUGAACUGUCAAAUGUCAUAUAGGCCUCACACAGUUGAAAAUAGUGAAAAAAGUAAUCGGUUGACAGGUAUUUUUGUCCAGCUCUGCAAUUAAUACUUGAAACUGAGUACAGAAUGCAAGUGGCCAUUUGGCUCUAUCAUUUCCCCUAACAUUUUAAGGCCAGUUGGAGAUAUGGCUAAUUUGGGCUGAAAUGUCAUGUAUUUUCGCGGACUGAAAUUAUCUUUCAGGUGGCUUGUGGAUUUAAAAAUCUAUGCUUUAUAUGAAGUUUACUAUGUAUUUUAUUUCUUCUUCAAGUAAGAUGUAAACAGGUAUCUUUUUAUUUUCAGGUCUGCAUCUCGUAAGAUAUCAGAAGCCGUCUGACUGGGCCACAUCGCUCGGAAGUCCGAAAUACUAGAAAAAACCGGCAUCUGCUGCCAUAACAAGGUCACCAUGCGCAUCCUCUGUAAUUGGAUGACAGCAUGGUGACCUCAUCUCUAAAGACUGAUAAGCCUAGACCACUUGCUGCACCUAUACUCUAUGUGACCCCUUAAGGAGAAUGCAGUUAAUGAAAUAACAACUAAACUUCACCUUACCAAGUCUGUCUGCGAGGAUUGACUGCAUUGUGAAGGGAGAUGAUGUGAAGUUACUAGCUCCUAUAACAUCAUGUGACAAAGUUUUAUGUAUUGGAAUGAAUUACAUAGACCAUUGUGAGGAACAGAAUGCUCCAGUUCCAAUAGAACCAGUGAUCUUCAACAAGUUCCCAAGUUGUAUAAUUGGACCAAAUGAUAACUUAACAUAUCCUAAAGAGACAGAGUGUCUGGACUGGGAGGUGGAAAUGGUUAUAGUCAUUGGAAAGGAAGCCAAGAAUGUAAAGGUGGAUGAUGCAAUGCAGUAUGUGUCUGGUUAUACUGUAGCAAAUGAUGUAAGCGCACGGGACUGGCAGUUGACACCCGGGAAGAAUGGUAGUCAGUGGGUUAUAGGAAAGGCUAUGGAUGAGUUCUGUCCCCUUGGACCAUCCAUCAUUACCCCAGAUGAAUUAGGAGAUCCACAUAACCUUGGUUUGAGAUGUAGAGUGAAUGGGGUCAGAAAACAGGACAGUAACACAAAUCAGCUGGUACACAAAACUGAACAGAUGAUAGCAUUUAUUACAAGGUAA